AUGCGCGCACAGCGCCGCCCCGCCCCCGACCCGCGCCGCCCCGACCCGCCCCGGGCCCGCGCCGGCCCGCGCCGCCCCGCGCCGCCCCGCCCCCGGUCCGCGCCGCCGCUGUUCCGCUGGAGGCCUCGCGCAACUGGCUUGAAUCCGGUGAGUGCAUCCGUCCCGGCCUGGCGCCCGCCUCUAGGCUGUCUGGGGUGGUGCUCAUUCUCCCGACGCCCAAGCGCGAGUGUGGGUGGAGCAAGAUCCGGAUGGGGGGGAACCACAGGACUCGGGCUGGGAGCGUUGGUGCACCCCGGCCCGGACCGGAAAGCGCUGGUGGUUGCUGGUCCCGGAACGCGCGCGGGCGCGCUCUCCGAUCCCCGGCACGCGGGUUUGGCGCCGCUCAGAUCCAGGGUUAGGGUCUGGAGGGGCCUAGGCACUGAGAGAAGCCACGUGCUUGGCCGGUGGUCUCGAGACUGGACGAGCACACGAAAGUUCGCAGGUUUCGCAGCGAGCGUGAUGCCCGCUUUCGCCCUCGUGGCCGGCGGUCUGGGAGCGCGGCCACCACGUGGGCUGUGCUCCCAGGCGUGCCUAAGAGCCCCGCGCCUUACCGCAGGGAAACCUGAAGUUCGGGCAGAGACAGCUGCCUUUUUCUCGCCCCACCCUGACUUUAAAAUGACAGCUUUCCCUCCCAGUCAUUCUUUCGUCACUGAAUAUUUCUAG